AUGCGCCGGUACAGAGCUGUGUCCGUUGGGGUUGUUGAUAUUUCUUUGACUGGAGCAGCGUUCGACCGUUUCUCUAGGGGCAAGCGACACCUCCUGGUGGGGGACUUCAAAUCUGCUGUGGCUGCCUUCGAGGUGUGUCUGUUGCUUAGGAGGCAACAGAGUCCCUGGUGGAGCUGUGUGGGGAGCAGGCGCCCGAGUGUGGUGACGCGUACUGCCGCUGUGGCCGUGCAUUGCUGGAGCUGGCACGCAAGGAGGCAGGGGUGCUGGGGCCAGAUCUGGAUGGUGCCAGUAGUCAGGAGGGAAGCACAGGGGAAGAGGAGGACGAGGAGGAAGAGAGUUAAGAGUCACAAGAGGAGGAGGAAGGUGGAAAGAAAGAGGAAGGAGAGGAGGAGGAGGAGGAGGAGGAAGAUGGAGAAGGAAAGGAGAAAGAUAAGAAGGAAGGAAAUGCCGCAGAAGGAGAAGAUAGAAAUCAAAAACGUCACAAGACAGAAUAGUGAGCUGCAUGCACUUAUCACAGAGUAUAAAGUCACUCCCUCAGAGGAAAAAGACAAGGAUGGCAUGUCUUCAUGUGAGAACUCAGAAGCUAAAUGUACAGAUACCAAGGGGAAAUUGCUGGGUCAAGUGGCUACACUGACAUCUGAGGUUAGCAGGUUGGAGAGUGAGUGCAGCAGUCUUCAGGUUCUGCUAGACUGUGAGAGGGAUAAGUAUAACAAACUGCUGGGAGAAUCUCUUGCUCAUGAAAAGUUGUCUGAAGAUGUCAUAACUGAACCAAAAGGAGAAACAACAGGAUAUGGGAGGAACUGAGCUUUAACAGAAGCUGCAACAACUGCAGGAGGCUCACAGGGUCCUGGAGAGCAGGUUAACUUGCAGCAUGAAGGAGGUGGCUGAGCUGAGUGACAGGAAGUAGCAGCUUGAGCAUGCUGUAGUGCAUGAGGAGACAGAGUCCAUCGGUGACUACAUCACCAUCUACCAGUUGCAGCGAGGAGUGAUGAAGCAACAAGCUCGAGAACGCGAGUUAGACCUUGCCAGCCUCCAUCAUGAAUGAGAGGAAAUGAAGCAAAACCACUCUGCAGGAUUUGAUAUCAAAGCUGGUGCAGGAAAAGGAAGCAGAUCAUGACCUUCAGCAGCUCGAGAAGAUAAGCAGCGUCCUUAAGAGUCCAGUUGCUAUCUUUAGCAGUGUUGGAACCAGUGAGUCUGAGACACCCACCACCAGUGGAAAGGUGGCUGACGAGCACCUCAAGCACUCUGAAAAGGUGGAGCAACAACAAGAAACAGAAAAUUGCAUCCAUCAUUCUUUGCCUGAGGAGGGAAUUGAUGCUCUGUUGACCCUUCACACUGAUGUCCCUCAUGAGGAGGGAGAAUAUGAAUCCUACAGAACUUGCCCAUAGGAAGACCAAAACUGUUACUGCUGCCACACUGCCACCACUUCCACUGACACCAAAAGCCCAACUGUGCAGAGAAUCCUGGACCUCCGCAAUGAAAUGGAGUCCACCAGUCACCUGGAGCACUUUAGCCUCCAAAAGUUCCAUCCGUGUCCAUUGUGUUUGGGUAAACUUAUCACUGUAUAAGGGGACAAGUAUCAGUGUAUGGUUACUAUAUACUCAUUUGUACUUAAAGAUGUCAUGUCACAUCAUUCUCUCUCUCUCUCUCUCUCUCUCUCUCUCUCUCUCUCUCUCUCUCUCUCUCUCUCUCUCUCUCUCUCUCUCUCUCUCUCUCUCUCUCUCUCUCUCUCUCUCUCUCUCUCUCUCUUUCUUUCUUUCUUUCUUUCUUUCUUUCUUUCUUUCUUUUGUUAUAUAUGUUACUGCUUUACAUUCCUCCCCACAGUAUUUUUUCAUCUACUUUAUGACUGCAGUAGUUUUAUCAUCCCAGUGUAUGCUGUAUCCACUCUGAAACUGUAAUUCACCAAUCAGCUCAAAUGUGUCUCUGUUUUGAUAAUCAUUAAUUUGUUUCAGCUACACAACCACUCUGAUAAGGGACAAAAUCUACUUCACCAGUCAUCUAUGUCAUACAGUCAUAUAUAUUCAUACAUAUGACAAAAUACUCUUCCUAAGACAUUUCUUAUUUUCUCUUCUCAAGUGACCUGUCCAUCUAUCUAAGGUACCACAUAACAUUUAAAACUUACAAUAUUGUGUUUAAUUCAUGAACACUUUUUUGUCUAUCUAUGGAGACUUGCGUAUAGACUUGAAAUGUAUUGGGAGUUUUCUUUAUCUCUCAUUCUAUACCUAACACCUGUUCCUAAGAAUCCCCAGGUGAUAGCCAUGGUGACUGGCUGGUCUCCUACUGAGUGGCUGGGGUUUUCCAAAAGUGAGGGUUGGUGUUCAUACCAUACCAUGUGCCCUGUUUGUAUUCCUUCUUUGUCCUCUGUAUUAUAUUCUAUGUAAAGAUGGUGCUAGGGGUGGGAUCUACUUCUUAUUCCCUAAAAGUGAUGAGGAGUGACACUGGGCAGCAUUGAUUUGCUCCUUAGAGAUGGCUGGGUUCCUGUGGAUGAGUGGGCCAUGCUGUGCUUUGUCAAGGAUGGUGUUUGGUAUUGUGAUGACUCUUGCCACAAUCAAGUGCCUCCCACAGAGUAGUGGAGUACCUAUGUAUGGUGUUGACCCAAGCUGUCCAGGUCUCAUCCAAUGCCUUAAUAUGAUUUAGAUGAUCAAAAUGGUUUAACUCACCAUUUAAUCAGCUGACUGAUUUGAAUGGAGAAGUAUGUAAUGUGUUGUAGCCUAACCAUCCCUGCCAGCAUGGUCAGAUUCUUGGUAGUAACCUGAAAUGCUCCUAGGUAGUGAGUAUCAUUGCACAUAAUGAUCUUUACUUUGUCAGUAAUUCAAUGAUACUGAAUAUUACUCUACUGGAUUUUGCUCACCACUGCUUGGUAACUUUUGGCCAUAAUCCCAGGUCUGGAAUGAUAUGAAGCCAUGUUUUUACAUUCCAUAUGAGACAGGCAAGCACUAUGCUUUGCCUGACUGAUACCUGUACUAUACAUUUAUGACCCCAGGUAGUUCAUCACUCUCUCUCUCUCUCUCUCUCUCUCUCUCUCUCUCUCUCUGUUUGGAAUUAUACUGUAUAUUAGGAAAUAUCAUUAAAGAGUGUGUGUGUAAAAAGUGUUUGCAUUAUUGUGCAUUUGAUGUUAUAGCCCCAGGUUCUUAAAGUUUUCUAGUUUCAUGAUUUAUAAAGAUUGCUAUUUUUAAUAAAGUUAUUGAAAUUGUUA